UACGCGUUUGCUUCUAUCUUCCCGUUGACAAGAUGUUCGUUUCCUGCGAUGGCUCGGCGUGCCCGGACUUCAAAGGCUUCAUGCUCCUUAUGCCUGCUGUAUCAGUGGGAAAUGUUGGCCAGCUAGCUGUAGAUUUAGUCAUUUCCACAGUUGGCAUGUCCAAAGUUGGUUACUUUUACACUGAUUGUCUUGUGCCGAUGGUUGGAAAUAAUCCAUAUGCAACGACAGAAGAGAAUGCAACAGAACUUUGUACAAAUGCUGAAGUGUAUGCAGCGCCUUCUAAACAGUUGGCUGUUCUACAAAUCAGAUCACUGUUCAUAAAGAAUAAAUAUAGGUCCUUUUGUCAGACACUACUAUCCUGGGUGAAAAGUUGCAGUUUUGCCAAAAUUGUUCUUCUGUCCAGCAGCCAUGCUUACCAGCGUAAUGACCAACAGCUUCAUGGUACCUCAUUGCGAUAUCUGCUUUCAUCUGCUGUUGAGAAAGCAGUUGGAGAUCAAAUGCAGAGACUGAACAGGAGAGAACUGGAGCAAACAGCCGCUUUCCCUGGAGUAACAGAUGAGAAAGUGUUCCACAUUCCAGGAGGUGGUAUCACAAAACUAUUGUUCACUGAAAGUUGUUCAAAAGGUAUUCCAAUGAUAGUUUUGCUGAAGUUUUGCUCAGAGGGAGACAAUAUCCCUGAUGCCCUGGCUCUUGCUGACUACCUUAAUGAAUGGCUCCAGCUAACUGCAAACCAAGUAAAAGUAUGCCAGCCCACGGUAAACAUGGAAAGCUGCAGUUCUCCAGCUAAAUCUUCCAGAUGGAAAAUACCAAGUUCCUGGAAAUUACUCUAUGGCAGUGGACUUCCACCUGCGUUGUUUUAAAUUCUCUUCUUCUUUUGUUUAUGGACCACUUAUUUAAAAUUUAAGUUUUACACUUUGGGUUCUAAUAUGAAUAAUAGCUGUGCAUAACCUUGUGUGAAACUGAAUGAGCAGAUCUUACUGCCAGAGAUAUUUUAAAAUGCUGAGGCUACCUAAAGAAAAUUGUAACAUACAACUAUACAGAAUGAAAAUACUUUCCCCAUAAUAAAUUCAUUAUCUGUAAGCUUUUAGUUUAGCUUAACUUUUGAAACAUU